UACGAAAUUGCUUAAUUAUGUUUUAAUUUAAAAAAAUAUUUUAUCUUUACUUUUAGUCAUGAACCUAAGAACCACAAGAGAAACGAUGUCCUUCUCUCCUCGUUAUCAGGGGCAGGCCUGUUAUUACCCUUCUCACACCUAAGACCACAUCUAGACCAACAAUAGCGCUGCGUUAAACAAGACAGCCUUCUCUUUAAUUUCAAUGAGACCAUUGCAGUGGCACGGCAGGGGGGAUGACGCAGAGGGUUCCAGCAAAAAAAUGCAGGUCGUCAAGCAAAAAAGUUGAUCCUGGCAUCACCCAGCAACACACUGUUUAGACUAAUCAAAUAACCCUUGGGUUUUUUUGGAAGCAAGGAUAUCUUCAAUCUAAACAGCAAUCUAAACCAUUUUUUAUAUUAAAGGUCAACACUGGUUCCUCUAAAGUUAUAAUCCUUAAAAGUUAUCUGGUGAUAACAUUAAGAAUGUCUUAAAAUUACAAGUCUCACUGGGGGUAGCUUCUCUUUCCAGCUGCGAUGGAAAUUUGAUGUCGCUGUAGAUAUUCCUGUAUGUGCUCCGGAUCUUGUCUUCCAAAUUUAAUCCAGUUUGUACAUCUGUUCUUUCAUGUGAUUUUCCUGUGCAUGUGCAUACCAUUUGAAUCGUAGGAAUGGCAGACUCCGCCACUGACAAGACAAAUUACAAUAUAGAUAGGUACCUAAUGAGUGUAAAUACAUUUAAUAGCAGUAUACAUGCCACCCAUAAAUAUUAUCAAAAUUGGGUUUGAUAAGAUGAAAAUCUUAAGGAUUAUAACUUUAAAUGGAUUUUGAUCAAUGAACCGCAUUUGCCAUGUUGUGGCUCACUAUAGUGGCACUUGUGGGCAAUGCAAAGUCUUCAUUUCUCCACAGAUAUUAGUGGCAACUUUCUGCCCCCUCAGCUAUUACUUCCACUCUUGUUAAUCACAAAGAUGCUUCAACAUGAUUGUACAUGACAAGUGUUGUAUUAACUUAAGUUACCGUAUUAAGAUAAGAAAUUCUACAGGAUUACUCUAGAUUUUUCGCACUGUUGACUGUGUUGAAUCCCCACAUAAAAGCAAUCCAGUGCUCACUUUUUAGUGCUUUUGAACCCCAGGUCUCGUAUGAAUUGCCGUGACCAGGUAUUUACUUAUGAACAAUAGUUUGGAAUGACUCAUAAGACAUGGGUUAAGCCUGCUUUUUAAAAGGGUCCAUGGCAGACUAGUUCAUCAUGCCAGCAUCUUCACUUCCUUUAAAACCAAAGGUGCCAAAUCUUCAGUCUUCAGUCUCUUGCCUAACAUGCACAGACUGCUACCUCUGAAAUAAUUUAUUUUGACUUCUUAAAGGUCUUCUGUGCUUAUAUUCAAAUACACACAAGGGUUUUGACACCUUUAUUAUUAAGUCUUUCCCCUGGUUCAAGUGCUGUUGUGACAGGCUCUGAUUGAUAUUAAGCUAGUGCAAUGCAAUUUUGUGUUUCAACAUUUUACCUGUUCUUGCAUCGCUGUGUGUUUAUUUGCUUCCAAAUGUGUUGAGUGGCUCUUUGACUAAGCUGUUUCUUGCCUGAGGGCGUAUUUCACCAUGGUUUGAAAAGCAUAGCAUGAAUCACCAGCACACACACCCAUCCCGAGUUGUUAUGUUUUUGCCUGUGCCUGGCAUUGUAAUUCGCUGUUGAUUAGCUUAGAUUUACUCUUGUUUGAGUUGCAGAUUAGCUACAACUCUCUGCUUCACUCCAUUCAGCAUGAGAACGCAUUAUUGUACCACCCCUCCAAGUAAUCUCCCACCCAGAGAAUGUAAGAGGUCUCUUUUGUAAAGUUUCUCCAUACAAGGUGGGGUUUUUCAGAGAGGCUGCUUAAGAAUUUACUAAAUUCAGCCCCCAGUGAAUCAACAGUGACAGCUACUUGCCCUGUGGGUGGCCUUUUCUUCUGUCUUCCAGAUCAGGGGCAUUUCUCCGGAUGAGAACAGACAUCCAAGUUCACAUAAACAAGGGCUCUGUGCUGUAAUGCUGAACAGGCAAAAUGUGGAUAAAUGGGACAGGAACGAGUAGACCGUGAGGAUUCUCUAACCCUUGCCCCUGAGUCCCAACCGUCUGAAAGGGUGUCGGACCUCACUGAGGCAAUCCUGGGCCGUUGGCACUAAAAUGUCCCUAAGUGGUGGCACUGCAGGCGGGAAAGGUGUGGACUCUAAUGCGGUGGACACUUACGAUAGCGGGGAUGAGUGGGAUAUCGGUGUUGGAAAUCUGAUUAUUGACCUUGACGCUGACUUAGAGAAGGACAAACUUGAGAUGUCUGGCACCAAGGACGGCAUGGCGGCACCACCCAGUGCAGUGGCAGCAUUGCCUGACAACAUCAGGUUUGUUAGUCCAGUGUCUGGCUCUCAAGGCAAGGAAAGCAAAUCCAAAUACAAGCGCAGUAAGAACUCUAAAGACAAUAGUAGCAAAGCUUCAGCAGGAGAUGGGGGUAAAAAAGAAACUACAGGGCGGACUCAAGGGGAGCCAACAGGCACAGCAGUGAGUGCAGGAGCUGCUGGCAACAAUUCAACCUCUGGGAAGAACAUGGAAAAAGGGGGCAAAGCCUCCAGAGGUGUUCUCAGUGGUAAAAAAGAGAAAGAAGGGGCUAGUGGGAAAAGUAAGAAGGACAAAACAGAUGGAGCCCAAGCCGUGGCAAUAGCUGCUGCGGAGAAGGAUGUUGUGUCUCAAGCCCAAGUUGCUUUGGGGAAUAGUCGUAAUACGUCCUUUGAGAACACACAAUCAACAGACUUGGCAGAAGCCAAUCAAAUGGGAAAUAUUGCACUUGAACCUGUUGGGAUAGUACCAGCAUUGACCACGAAAACUGAACCAGAGGAGGUGGAAAAUGGUAAUAGUGAAUGCAAGACGUUGAAGAAGGUAAAAAAUGACAAGAUGGAAUCUCCUGUCUCCACGCCAGCCCCUCCCCCCCUCCACCUCCUGGCCACAGUAGGCAACAGUGAGAUUGCCUCACCAUGUGAGCAGAUAAUGGUGCGCACACGCUCGGUGGCGGUGAACACAUCCGAUGUGGCCCUGGCUACCGAACCUGAGUGCUUGGGGCCCUGCGAGCCUGGUACCAGUGUCAAUCUCGAAGGCAUCGUGUGGCAGGAAACUGAAGACGGCAUGCUGGUCGUCAAUGUUACUUGGAGAAACAAGACAUAUGUGGGCACCCUGUUGGACUGUACACGGCAUGACUGGGCUCCCCCCAGGUUUUGUGAAUCCCCUACAAGUGAUCUGGAGAUGAGGAAUGGCCGUGGUCGAGGUAAGCGAAUGAGACCGAAUAGCAACACCCCUAUCAAUGAGAACAGCAACUCAUCAGACAACAAGGGCACCACCAACAACAAGACUCGUGCUGCCUCUAACAGCAAGGGCCGGAGAGGCAGCCAGACGCCAUCAGAGCGCCGCACGCCACCUAACAGCAACACAGAGGACAUCAAGGCCAGUCCCUCCUCAGCUGGAAAACGCAAGACCAAACCAGCCUCAGACAUGGAACCCAAUUCCAGCUCGGAGGACAACAAAGGCAACAAGCGUAUGCGGACAAACUCCAACAGUGGAGGGGUGGGACCAACGGGUCUCCCUAUCCCUUCUAUUAAGACUGAACCACUUCCACCUCCCCUCGAUCGCAGCUGCCCCUCUCCAGUUCUUAUUGACUGUCCACACCCUAACUGCAACAAGAAGUACAAGCACAUCAAUGGUCUCAAGUACCACCAAGCCCGUGCCCACAAUGAUGAUGACAUAAAGUUGGACUUAGAUGGAGACAGUGAAUAUGGAGAGGACUCAACUCUCCACCCUGAACCAGGGAACUGUAAUGGAGCAUCUAUCUCUCAGAAAGGAUGCUUGUCUCCAGCACGUUCAGUUACUCCAAAAGGCAGGAACUUUGAUGCUCAAAGUCCUUCCCCAUCUCCUGGCAAGUUUGGUUCAAAGCAGAGUAAAAAGAAAAUUGUUGAAACAGAUCCAGAAACAGGAGGUACACCGACAGAUGGGUGUGAAGAUGGGCUAUGCCUCACUGAUGAGGCCAGUAACGAUGGUAUGGAUGAAAAGAGAGGAUCAGACAAGUCCAAAAAGGGUAGCACUGGCACAAAGGCUGAUAAAAUGGCCCAGAAAAACAUGAAGUCACCACGGCCCAUUGGCCCUGGCUCUACAGGAUCCCAGCAGAUGUACCCUUUUCCUCCUGGAAACCCAAAUCCUUCCCCGGGGCUUACCCCAAUGAUACAAGGAAUCCCCAAGAGUCCCCAAAUGAAAGGCACACAGCCGAAACCCCCUGCCAUUGGAGAUCCUGCCUCAAGUAGCUCCAAAGACAAGAAGAAAAAAGACAAGAAGAAAAAAGAUGGUGGGAAGGAGGCUGACAGCCCCAAGCCUCCAGGAAAGGGAGGAAAACUGGAGGAAGGAAAGCUUCCAUACUCUGAACCUUGUGAUCAAGGAAAUAAGGGGGAAGGACUCCUCAAUGGUUCCUCAGAUCCUCAUCAGAGUCGCUUGGCCAGUAUCAAGGCUGAGGCUGACAAGAUUUACAGCUUUUCUGACAAUGCCCCUAGCCCAUCCAUUGGUGUAGCCAGCCGGAUGGAUGGCAGUGGAAUGCCACAGCCUCUCACUCCACUUCACGUGGGGAACCAGAAUGGUGCUGACAAUGCUUCAGUCAAAACCAAUAGCCCAGCAUAUUCAGACAUUUCAGAUGCUGGUGAGGAUGGUGAAGGUAAACUAGAAGGCGUCAAAGUCAGGACAGAGGACCAAGCCAUUAGGGAAAGUGUCAAAAAAGCACUCUUUCCAAACCAGACACCUAACAAAGAUUCCCCGUACUAUCCUGGCUAUGAGACGUAUUACUCACCCAAUUAUGUCAACCCCAGUCCCGGUGGUCCCAACCCAGGCACACCAAUGGCUGAAGGUCAGGUUAAGAUCAAAAAGGAUGAUGACCAGGACCAAGGUGAGGAAAAAGUCAAGGUUGAGAUUCAUGAAGAUCGCAAACCUGAAAGCAGUGCUCCUGGCCAGCAGCAGCAACAGCAACAGCAACCCUCAGUCAUCCAACAGCGUUCCAACAUGUACAUGCAACCUCUUUACUACAACCAGUAUGCUUAUGUCCCCCCAUAUGCAUACCAUCCCGAUCAAGCCUACCAUAACCACUUGAUGAACACCAACCCAGCCUACCGGCAACAGUACGAGGAGCGGCAGCGACAGAUGGCUGAACAGCAUCGUGCUGCUGAGAAGAAGUCAGAUGUAGCCAUAAAAGAACGAGAAGCUUCCAUGAAGGAGGAGUGGAAACAAAAGAGCCCAAUGCCACCAAGCCUCUCCAAAGCCCCAAGUCAGUCAGACCUUGGAAAGACGCCACAGCUCCCAAGCAAAUCCAGGGACUCGCCCCCUGAACCCUCCUCCAAAUCCCUGGGAAGCAUAAAGGGGGAGGACCCAAAGUCCCAGCAGGCUGAGGGGCUAAAGAUGAAGCUGACUGAAGGGGGGCACCAUGGAAAGGAAGACUCCAAGCAAGCACUGGAGUCCAGAGGUCAGGCAGGGAUGGAGCAGGCCAUGUGGUACAGACAGUUCACCGAGAGCCAGAAGCCCCAAGCAGAAGACGAACACCAGCAACAACAACCUCGAUGGAAAGAUGAAAGGGACAGAGAACGGGAACGUGAUCGUAAAUUAAAGGAUGACAGGCCCAGGCCCAAGGACAGUCAAAGUGGGCCCAAGGAGGACGGCAAAGAGGGUAGUGAUCCUAGAAUCACUUCUGAGGACCACCGAGUCAUGAGCAAAGACUCUCGUUCUAAUCCCCACAUGCAGUUCUCAUCACCACUAGCACAGCACCAAGGUUACAUGCCCUACAUGCAUGGUUACCCCUAUGGACAAGGCUAUGACCCCAACCACCCUGGAUACAGGGGCAUGCCUUCAGUCAUGAUGCAGAAUUACCCAGGUUCGUACCUACCUGGAGGCUAUCCGUUUUCUCCAUAUGGCAGUAAAAUAGCCGGAGGUGAGGAAUGCAGCGACAAAUCUCGCGCUAGCCCUACUGUCACCAAAACAGCAACGGACUCCAAAGCCCUGGAUAUCCUGCAUCAGCACGCUAGCCAAUACAAGAGCAAAUCCCCCACAGUAGGCGACAAGCCACCCCAUGACAGGGAGAGGGAGCAGGACAGAGGAGCUGGUGGAGAGAGAGAUCGGGAAAGGGAGCGUGAGAGGGAAAGAGAAAGAGACGUGGACCGACCACGAUCCUCACCCUCUCAGCGCAUCAUGCCCUCUCACCACCACCUGGGAUACCCCCUGCUCUCAGGGCAAUAUGACCUGUCCUACGCCACAGGUCUCUCCUCAUCAGCUAUUGUUGCCAGCCAACAAGCAGCAACCCCCUCCCUCUACCCACCACCACGGAGGUGAGAACGGGAAACCUGACCGUCACACCUCAACCCUGCAAAGAUUCAUGUGACUGGCUCACAUGAGAAGAAAAUCUCCCGGGUGUUACCUUUUAGACAUCAGUUGAAUGGUGUUUCUAUCUAUAUUUUUAGUUCUUCUGCCCCAAGGCUGGGCAGAUUGUCGUUUUUUCCCUCCCUUCGUAAAUUACCCCAAAUUUUCCAGACCUUGGACUAUAACAGGACUGAUAAUAACCCAGGUUCAAAGCCAUCACUCUGCCUCAUCACACAGAGGAAACACCAACCCGCUGAUUAUCUAGUCUUUGCACUGUCAACAAAUACAAUGCAAAAAGAGACUAUUGGACUGCCAGAACAGCUUUUUUGUUGUUUUUAGUUUAUUUUUUUUCUUUCUUUCUUUGACUGCAUUGUUUUUUGUCACACGCAGAAAGAAAUUGGCAGGGCAUGUUGGGUGGUUGAUGGGAAAGGGGAGUCAAACUAAAUUAAAGACUGAAAAGAAAAAGUGAAUCAUAUUGAAAUGAUUUCAACCCUGUCUUUGGCUUAUUGUAUGCCGUGAAACAACAGUAUAUCCUUAACUUGACAAAUGUUUGGCUAUAUUUCGUGGGGAGAGGGAAUAUGGCAACAGCUGCUUCUUCAGAGACUUAAGAGCCUGAGACUGAAGUUUUUCAUUUUCCAUCGUCAUUGUUGAUUCCCACCCUCUUUGAACCCUCAGCUCUUGUUUCAGGGAUGAUGUCGUCAUGUUUUGCGAAGGGACCGCAUACACCUCAAUGGAGAAUAAACACUAUUCAUGUUUUCUUUUCUUAGUAAUACUUUACUCCAUAUCAUUGUGUUCAUCCUUGAAUGUGUCUGAUGCUGGUAUUAGUCCUGUUUUUCCCCUUAAUGAAAGGGUCACAUCUGUCUUUACACUCACUCAAACGGUGAAGCCACAUUAGCAAGCGAUGAAUUCACGGAGGCAUUGUCAUCAUUGCAUUUGGCCACUUGUUGGGGUUUUGGUGUUGUACUGUAAGACUGUGCUUGGUUCAGCUCGUCGAGUUUGAUUGUUUUCUGUAAACAAUGUGAAAUUUCACUCAACUCAUGUAUUUUUCUGCUGUAAUAUAGACUUCUGGCUACUUUUAUGUGCAUAAAUGUUUAUAUUUAUCCCAGCACGCAGCUGUUUAAAGACUGUCACUGUUAAAAAGCUUUUAGAUUUCACAGCAUUUAACAUUAUGAUCAUUGUUGCUGCAGAGUCCCUAGACGUCUCGCUGUGCUUCUUCUUUGCUCCAGCUUUGGUUGUCUUGCUGCAGAUUUUUUAUUUUUAUUUUUUUCACUUGACCUCUACUUUUUCAACACAUCACAAGCUUUGGUUCACAUGUCCAUUCAUCCCAACAUGUGCAGUGUGCAGUUAGACUGGUUCCAGACAUCUGAAUCGCUGUUCACAUCUCAGAUCUUUUUCAGCGAUUCAAUGGCAACUGUCAGAUUAAGUGAAAACAAAAUGGUCAGUCUGAUUUUAGACUAGUGUGCACCGUCAAAAGGCAAAAAUGUCUCUUGGUGCUUCGCUUGCUCGUGUGGCUUCACCAUAACACACAUUCACCUCGGGCAACAUGGUUUUCUUACCAGCUUUGGAUCAGUCCAAAACUGGGCCAAUGAGUCUGAUACCUCAGACACCAGUUUUCUUUGUUCAGUUGCUGCCUGUGCUGUAACGUCAACUACUGGCACAUUAAACAUAAGUGCAUGAAAUGACCCAAAAAAUCUUUCAGCUGUUACUACUACAUAGCAAACCUAGACCAAUCAGAUGCAGACAAUGAACUUAAAUAAAAAGGAAGGGUGAGCCAGUGGUAAGCUUGGCGCAAAAGCUAACACGGUAAAACGAGUGAAAUGGGACCUUGAUCACACACACACGUCUGAAGAACUGAAUGAGCUGAAAAGAAGCACGUUGCUCUAGGCUUUCCUUUGGAUCUCAAACUGUUGGUGCCACUCUGUAAAUUCAACCAAGUCUGGUUAACUUAAAAUCUGUCAACAUGGCCUGUUUUAUCAGAGGAUCCUCUUGGUUUAAAUUACAGUUCUCUUAUACCUCAGGGGUUGUAAGUGAAAGUCUAUCCAUAUGCUGUUUGCAUCGAUUUGAGAGGGCUUCUGUUUAUGGAUGUGAAAAAAGCACAUUUUCUGCUCUGAGCUGGAUGUGCUGUAGUGGUUCAUUCGCAAAUGACAAAUUGGCUCAGGACAGGGAAUUAUAAGGUUUAAUGCCAUACUGUACUGUUGUGGGUUGUGAACAGUUUUUACGUUCCUCUGACACAUUAUAAUGAGAGCAGAAUAUUGUCCAUGCUGUCAUUAAAUUUCAUUUUACUGAUUUUGGUUUUACAAUCCCUUCUAAUAUUCCCAUUGUUGUAGUUUUUUCUCAUUUAAUACCUGUAUGUGUUCAAGUCCAUAAACCAUCUGUUAAUCUCAUGUCUAACACCCUGUGAAGUUUGAUGUUAGCUGUUUGUUGAGACACUAAUCACGAUUAUGAAACUGCAGUUCUUCAUUUUAAGGUUCUUGGACAUUCCCAGUAAAUAAGUUGCCAGUUUCUCGUCCCACGGAAGUUUGCAAGAUGGUAUAUCUUUUGGCUUUUUGCGCAUUUUUAAGAAGAAUGGCUGACAUGAAUAAGCUGAAUGUGGUGGUGUUUGACUUGUACUUAAUCUGUAAGGGUAAUCUAGGCAGCUGUGAUGUUGUCAUUAAAGUCAGUGGGUUUUAGUACCAGCAGACUGCAUACAGUACAUAUAGUUUUAUCAGAAAAUGGUUGUGACAAGUGCAUUUGUUCUCUCUCAGAGUAGUAAUGUUAUCUCAGUAGUAAGCAAAGCCCAGUGAAAAUCAUAUAUACUAAAGUGUAUGAAAAGCCAGAAAAGUAAUGUUUGCUAUCAACAUAUUGGAAAGUGCUUGGCUCUUGUAUGUUGCAGGACUGUAUUUGUUUCAUGGUGAAGAGUAUAUUUAUUGGCCAGCAGUUGUCUCAAUUGGUGCCUAGUUGAACAUUCUUCUGUGAAAACACAGAGACACUUGCUCGUUUGUCCUUUCCUGACCCACAUACUGUCACAUAACCCCCCCUCCCCCCCCGAAAAAAAAGUACCAGUUCUGGUGCUUGCAAGGAUGUUUACAAUGUCUUCAUUUUCUUUGUGUGAGAAAUUCAGAACUCUUCGCCCUCUCCUCCUUUCUCCCACCCUUCAGGAGUUUGUGUAAAGUGUACAUUACCAUGGUUCUUUUUUAUACAAUACUCUGUAACUUGCCUUUGUAAAUUUGGGCUGGAAAAAAAUAAAUCUUUUUAUGAGACAAUC